GGAAGGAGAGACCUCAGUUAUUAAAUGAAUUUUCGCCACUCAAGACCACAAAAUCCGUGACAUCUCCUACCCUUACUGAAUCUCAUCUCAAGUGAAUAUCAUCCAUCACAUUCGACUCACCUCAUAAUGGCACGCUCCUCUCCGCCACUCACAAGCCCAAUCGCGACCUCCAACGCAGCAUCCGCAUCAAACCCAGACCCAGACUCACACAAAGACAACGACAGAGAAACAGAAGAAGACCUCUACAGCAGACCGCGACCCCGCCCUCCACGCUCGCCAGGCCACGCGGCGCGGGUCCGCGCGCAGAACCGGCGCAGGGCGUACCUGGACCGCAACCCGGGCUAUUACUAUUCCUCCACUGUCACCACCACCACCACCACCACCACCACCACAGCCUCCGGCUCAUCAUCUUCAGAGACGGGAGGUAUGCAAAAGUACAAGUACAAGCACGAGCACGAGCUGGCCGAUCCGCUGCUGUACGACGUGCUGGUACGGCGCUUCCAGACCCCCGCCGAGCGCGAGGCCGAGGCCCGUGCCAAGGGGUAUGCCGCUGUGCUGGAGGGGUCGUUGCGCAGGAGGGAGGAGAGGGAGGAGCGCGCAAGGAUUGCUGGGGUGGAUCUUGAUGGUGAUGAUGAGGAUGAGGAGGGGGAUGGGGAUGGUAAUGGGGAGGGAGGGGUAAAAGCUUCUGCUUCUGCAGCUCCUACUAGCACUACGAGUAAUGGUGCACUCGAAGCGGGGAUCAACAACACCGCCUCCUUCAGCAGCCUCUCGGCGGAGCUGCUUCCGCCGCCCAAGACGAGGGAGGAGGGGCGGCUGCGGUGGGAGGAGUUUCUGCGCGACCGGUUUGUCAGGGGGGAGGAUGACGAGUUUGACUAUUCGAGGGUGGACGAGAACGAUGAGUAUGAUGUGCUAGAGCGACGAGACGAGGAGGAGGCGUGGUUUGAUGAAGAAGAUCCCGGGUGGGCUACCGAUGAUAGCAGUGGUGCUGGUAGUGAGCAUCAAGGGGCGGCGAAGGCAAGGACCGACAAAAUGCUCCAGGGGGAGACGGGGAUACAGGAUUUCUGAUGGCCCAAGUCCUGUUGAGUGGACUGAACCCCGACUUGGUUGGUUGCUGAAUAGGUAUUGUAUUCUACUUUCCCUCUCAGACGCCU